UGGGAGGCUGGGGUCACCUGAGCCGGAGCCCUCUCCUUGGCGGGGGCGUCCGGCACCACCACAGUGAGGCUGCGGCGCUGGGCAGGGAGACGCAGCACAGCCACCAGCCGCAGCACCAGGAUCAAAGCCAACACAGACACUGCCAAGUAGCCCCUGCUCUAUUAUAGCAGGAGCAGAAAAUGGACCAUCUCCCUGUCAUUGACAUGUACUGAUGACAUUCAGAAAGACAUGCACAUCAUAAUUAAAGUAGCCAAACAGACACAGCACUCACUGUCUCACCAUCACUGGAGCCUCUGUCCUGACAGUGACUCAUCAGAGAGUGGCAUGCUGUCCCGCCUGGGUGAUCUGCUCUUCUACACUAUUGCCGAAGGACAGGAAAGAAUCCCUAUCCACAAGUUCACUACUGCACUGAAGGCCACUGGCCUGCAGACAUCAGAUCCCCGGCUCCGGGACUGCAUGAGCCAGAUGCGCCGCAUGGUUCGAGAGUCCAGCAGUGGUGGCCUCUUGGACCGAGAUCUCUUCCAAAAGUGUGUGAGCAGCAACAUUGUGCUCCUGACUCAGGCAUUCCGAAAGAAGUUUGUCAUUCCUGAUUUUGAGGAGUUCACGAGCCAUGUGGAUCGCAUCUUUGAGGAUGCCAAAGAGCUCACUGGAGGCAAAGUGGCGGCCUAUAUCCCUCAGCUGGCCAAGUCCAAUCCAGACCUAUGGGGUGUCUCCCUGUGCACUGUGGAUGGUCAGCGGCACUCCGUGGGCCACACAAAGAUUCCCUUCUGCCUGCAGUCCUGUGUGAAGCCCCUCACCUAUGCCAUCUCCAUAAGCACCCUAGGCACUGACUACGUGCACAAGUUUGUGGGCAAGGAGCCCAGUGGCCUACGCUACAACAAGCUCUCCCUCAAUGAGGAAGGAAUCCCCCAUAACCCCAUGGUCAAUGCUGGUGCCAUUGUCGUGAGCUCCCUGAUCAAGAUGGACUGUAACAAAGCAGAAAAGUUUGAUUUUGUGUUACAGUAUCUGAACAAAAUGGCUGGGAACGAAUACAUGGGUUUCAGCAAUGCCACAUUCCAGUCAGAGAAGGAAACAGGGGAUCGGAAUUAUGCCAUCGGCUAUUAUCUAAAGGAAAAGAAGUGCUUUCCUAAGGGGGUGGACAUGAUGGCUGCCCUUGAUCUCUAUUUCCAGCUGUGCUCCGUGGAGGUGACCUGUGAAUCAGGCAGUGUCAUGGCAGCCACCCUGGCCAAUGGCGGGAUCUGCCCCAUCACAGGAGAGAGCGUACUGAGUGCUGAAGCAGUGCGCAACACCCUCAGCCUCAUGCACUCCUGCGGCAUGUACGACUUCUCAGGCCAGUUUGCCUUCCAUGUGGGCCUGCCGGCCAAGUCAGCUGUGUCCGGAGCCAUCCUCCUAGUGGUACCCAAUGUCAUGGGAAUGAUGUGCCUGUCACCUCCACUGGACAAGCUAGGGAACAGUCAUAGGGGCGUCAGGUUCUGCCAGAAGUUGGUGUCGCUCUUCAAUUUCCACAACUAUGACAACCUGAGGCACUGUGCUCGCAAGUUAGACCCACGGCGAGAAGGGGGAGAAGUUCGGAACAAGACUGUGGUGAACCUGUUAUUCGCUGCCUAUAGUGGAGAUGUCUCAGCCCUUCGAAGGUUUGCGUUGUCAGCCAUGGACAUGGAACAGAAAGACUAUGACUCCCGCACAGCCCUGCAUGUUGCUGCAGCUGAAGGACACAUCGAAGUUGUUAAAUUCCUGAUUGAAGCUUGCAAAGUGAAUCCUUUCGUCAAAGACAGGUGGGGCAACAUUCCCCUGGAUGAUGCUGUGCAGUUCAACCACCUAGAGGUGGUGAAACUGCUUCAGGAUUACCAGGACUCCUACACACCAUCUGAGACUCAGGCCGAGGCAGCGGCUGAGGCUCUGUCCAAAGAGAACUUAGAGAGCAUGGUGUGAACAUAGGACAUGCGCGUAGUCCCUGCCCAAGGAAAAGCACGAGCUGGCCACACGCUCAAUCCAUAACCACUAAACACGCUACGGAGAGCCACGCUGCUUCAGCGGGGACCAAGACUUAGGCCACUGCUUUCUGUGAGAGUGAAAAUACCCCAUUCCCUUGGCAGACAGAGUAUAGAGAAGUGCCUUGGUAGACACAUGCAGCAGAGCAAUCCAUGGAGACGAUGAGCUUCCUCGAG